GGAAGCAGAACAGUUUUCUCUCUCUCUGUAUCUGAUAUGAUAGGACAGAUAAUUUCUCAGGGGUUUGAACUGGAAAAUAUAUCACCGAAGAAGGACAGACAAGAUUUUGAGGAACAUAUUGAGGAGGCUAGUGUUUGCACCUGCCAGAAUUAGAUAGAUUUUCACCCAGUUGAGGCUACAAUGUCUUCCCACGUCAAACUGUGGAGGGACAGAGUGGGAACGGCUGACUAUGACAUACAAAUCAAAGAGGUACGGUUGCAGCUGGCUGAACAGUUGAAGAUAUUUGAUGGUCAGAUUGAGCAGAAGAGUCAGCUGUUGCAGGAUCUGAUUGAUUACUUGCGCAGACGAGGCGAGAUCGAGGGGGAGUACGCUCGCUCGCUGGACAAACUCUCUGAGAGAUUCUCCUCUAGAACCAGGAAGAAGGAGCCCAGUCAUCAGUCAGUGUUUAAAUGUUGGCAGGUGUUAUUGACACAAACACGUCAGGAGAGCCGAGAUCACAUCAUGCUGAGUGACAGCUACAGCAACACUCUGCCCCAGCAGCUUUCACAUUGCUUAGAGCAUGCUCAACGCCUGGCUAAACGGAGUAGAGACAUUUGCACCCAGUUACAGGAUGGACUUUUAAAGGUCACCGCAGAACUACAAACAGCCAUGAAGACGUAUUACCAGUACUAUGCUGAGUUCCUUUCUGCAGAAGGCAAACUAAAAGAGGCAGCCAAACUUGAGGAAAAACAGAAGCAAUGUACUUCCAAAAAGAUGGAAAGACUCAUAGAGAAAAGACAAUGCAAAGUUCAAGAAAUUCAGCUGAAGUGCACAAAAACGCGCAACGACUAUCUGCUCAACCUGGCUGCAGCGAAUGCAUGCAUGAACAAAUACUACCUUCAUGAUCUCUCCACUCUCAUAGACUGCAGUGACCUGGGUUACCACCAGUCCAUAUCAAAGGUUUUGCGUUUUUACCUGACAAGUCAACAGCUGGCACAGCAGAACUUGAGCUCUGGGCUGCAGCAGCUGGACACGACUGUUUCAGAACUGAACCAGAACCAAGACAGAGACACUGUCAUGCAGGCCAACAACUCUUCCUUUUGCAUGCCCCUCCGCUUUCAGUAUCAACCCUAUGAAGGCGACCAGGUGUGUGAGGUGUCUGCCAAGUGUGAGAUGAGAAGUGAAUUGGUAACUCGCUUUCAGCAGCUCCAGUCCAGGCUGUCUUUAGUUACUGUAGAGGUUGAAGAGUCCAGCAAAAUACUUCAGUCAGCUCAGUCUUCCAUGCUGGAUGGUAUUGCUGAUGAUACAUUUAGAUCCACCUCUGACUUCCCCAGUAGCCCAUCUCAGGAGGGAAGCAAUGAUAUAUCAAGCAGCAAGACCAACCAGCCUAAGCGUCGAGCCAGCCUUCCCGACACUGAGAGUUUGUACUUUACGAAAGUCAGGGACAAACUGUUUAACAGCUCUUUAAUAUCAAAACUGGAGGCCAAACAUGACCUGCUUAAAAUUGCCAUUCAGAAAGUGGAAAGCAUUGAUGAUUACUCCAGAACAUGCUCCAAAAGAUCUGUGCGUUACAGAAAGAGUCAGCACUGUGGCCAGAUCAGUCAGAGGCUGUUCAAUGGGGAUCUACUAUCAUACAUUCAAGCAACAGGACAGCUCAUUCCUACAGUGGUGGAGAGCUGCAUUCGCUUCAUCAACCUCAAUGGUUUACAUCAUGAGGGAUUGUUUAGAGUGCCAGGCUCUCAAAUGGUGGUGAAUCAGCUGAAGGAUGAGUUUGAGAAAGGAGAUGACCCCUUCACUGAUGGGCGUUGUGACAUGGACUCAGUAGCGGGAGUACUGAAGCUUUAUUUUAGAGGGCUAGAGAAACCCCUCUUCUCUGAGGACAGUUAUGACCAACUGAUGGAAUGUGGUCAAAUAGAUGACGAGUCAAAAAAACUGGCAAAAUUGAAGUCUGUCAUCUCCUCAUACCCUUCUCCACUGAUAAUUGUCAUGAGAUAUCUUUUUUCAUUUCUUCACCAUGUCUCCCAGUACAGUGAUGAAAAUAUGAUGCAGCCAUAUAACCUGGCAGUGUGCUUUGGGCCCAGUUUGGUGAGGGGGCCAGACAGUGGAGAUGCGACAGCACUUCAGCAGAUCAAUUUCUUGGUCACGAGUAUCAUCAUUCAUCAUGAGAGCAUCUUCCCCAGCCACAAUGAAUUACCCGGGCCAGUGUAUGAGAAGUGCAUGACACUGGAAGAAGAAGACUGUGAAGCUGGUGCAGAGGAAGGAGAGGUUGAAUCAGACCAAUCUCAAAUUAAAGAGGCAAAAGAGCUGCAGGGAGUGGCCUUGUUUGACUUCACAGGCCGUUCCUCAGCUGAGUUGUCCUUUAAAAAUAGGGACUGUCUCAUUCUACACAGCAAAGCUUCCUCUGACUGGUGGAGAGGGGAAGUGAAUGGGACAAAGGGUCUCAUCCCAAAUAAAUAUAUUAGUGUGUCAAGUGUGGAUGGAUGGCAAAAUCAGAAAGGGAAGGAUGCUGUGAAAUUCAGCUGUGGUAGACUCCAGACAGAGGAAAAGCCGAGAGUUGAGCAAACCACCCGGCUAAAGGUCACUAGUGACAAAGCUGGGGUUGUUUCCAGUCAGGUCACUUCUGGAAAGGUUUUGUUACAAAUACCGACAGGACAAUAUGUGCGGUCAGGAAAUUCUCCAGGGGCUCUACGGAAAACAGUAGACCCUCAAAAGGGACAAUCCACUAUAGAACGAGGCAGUGGAGAGGGUACUUCAACAGAAGUGGAUAAGAAAGUGAGUGAUAUGAUGCACUCAGUGUUUAAGGAGCUCCAUUCCAAACAAUCUUCCCAGGAUCAACACGUACCUACAUCCUCCGAGAUCUCCUCAUCCUUUCCUGUGCAAACACCUCAAAACAAAGUAGGACUGGGAUGGAAAGGAAAAUGUUGAUUUAGAUCAGCUGACCAAACAGACUGAUGAAGAAAAAAAAAUGAGAACAAGGGGAAGUUUUGGGUGACUACAUUUAAAAACACAAGAAAAUUGAUGUGAAACAUUAGUGUCACAGAUGUCUGAGCUAUUAUAGUUUGCACUGCAGAGGUGCUUUCAACCCAAAGAUGUGAAUUCUCUAUGUUGGCUGGGUAUGAGUGGAUACAGCUGACUUUUAGUGAUAAUAAUAUCUUGCCAUUUCCUUUCUUAAAGUCUGUUUAACAUAUGUUUUCUAUAAUUUAUUGUCAUUACUCAAUUCAGCCAUCAGAAUUCAGAGCUCUCCCCAUUAGAGCUCUUACACAAUUAUCCCAGAAAAAAACACAUUAUUCAUGACUGUGGUCAAAAAUGCUUAUGUAUACUUAAAGUAUAUUUCAUUUUCUUAGUCAUUGUUUAAGGAACAAGAACUUAUUUAAAUUUAAUCACUGAAUGAUUUAAAAUUUUUGAGUGAUCAUUGAAAUGUAUUGUGUAAUGACAUUGCCUUUUUGGGGGGUAAAAUAACAUAUUAGUGAAUA